UAAAUUAGCUCAUAAAAUCCCUCCAAAAAAUAGAAUCAAGCAUUGGUUUCAGCAACAGACAGACACACACAGUGCAACUGAAGAGUGUAGGAUACAGCUGAGAGUCAACAUGAAUUGUGUGCUUCUCCUUCUACCACUCCUAGCUGUUGCAUGCUGUCAUUCUACAGAUGAGACUCUUGGAAAUGACCGAGACAUGGGAUCCACAAUGACCCAUAGAGGAGGGAGAUACCAAUAUGUGAGCAAGCAAAUGACCUUUCUGGAUGCUGAGCUUCACUGUAAAAGUCUUGGAGAGCAAGGCCAUCUGGCAUGUAUCCAUUCAAAAGAGAUUAACGACCUGAUACUUCAACUUGGUGAGAGCAGUGGCGGUCCUGUUUGGAUUGGAGGCCACCGACUUUUGAAGUCCGAACACUUUAUAUGGAUUGAUGGAUCCAGCUGGAAUUAUAACAACUGGGCACCAGGAGAACCUAACUUUGUGGGAGGUGCAGAAGAAUGUACAGAAAUGUAUACAUCUCAACAAAGAGCCGGUAGCUGGAACGAUAUCUCCUGCUCAGUUACCAGGUCAUUCAUCUGCGAAUACUGACCUGCUGUGGAACUUAUCAGAUAUUUUUCAAAACAUCAUUUGGUCUCAGACUCAUAAUAGAAUGGAAUUAUUCUGGGUGAUAGAAUUUAAAUGCCUUUCUUAAUGUCUGGCCAUCUUUGUUUUUAUAUAGCUGGAUGUAUAUAUUUUUUUCUUUUGUGGGAGGAGCAAGCCCUCCCUUCACAGCCUUACUUUUAUUACCAUUCAUAAGUGAAACAAUCCUGGGGAAGGUGAAUAAUCUCAGGGAAGAUGUGUUUUCCUUCUUCUCUAAAGCUAUGCAGCCUAUGAAUGGUAAUAUUUAAGUAAUGAGGGCUGCAGGAGGACUUGCCAUCCCUCGUGUAAAAACACCAUAUAUUUUUUCAUAUCCUUGUAAUGACCAUGCAUUCAAAAUGGCAAUUAAAUGUGCUCAUUUUGGUACUGUAUUACCAUGAAGUACAAUUAUAAUUAUUAUUUUUUUUUCUUCUGAAACUGUACAAUCCAGCCACAAGUUUGUGGUGCACUUAACGCAUUCAGGCUUACAUUGGCAUUUACAUCCAGGGCUUUAUGCUUGCUGAAAUAUGGCCCUGCGUGCUUCUUUCUGUUUGCUUUAGAACUACUGAUUACAAUGAAAUAAAAUAUUGCAUGAGCAUCAUA